AUGAAGAGAACAAGAGACGACCCUUCUCACUUUCUCCAUCAAUCCUCCCUUUACGAUGAGGAUGAUGAUGAUUCUUACUCUUCGGAAUCUGGAGAGUUUCAGGCGCUUUCGCCGCCGCCGCAGAGGAAGCACUUUUGUGUGAUCUGCGACAAACAGUUUAGCUCCGGUAAGGCUUACGGUGGCCAUGUGAGAAUCCACUCGAGCGACUACAACAACAAAGGAAAGACAAAGAAGAUGAAGAUGAAGAAGAAGAGAAAGAUUGGCAUGGUGAAGAAGGAGAAGGAGAAGGAGAAAGAGUUAGAUCUGGUUAGGGCUGACGUGGAAGGUAAGAUUAGGUGUUGUCUUUGUGGCAAAGAGUUUCAAACAAUGCACUCUUUGUUUGGACAUAUGAGGAGACAUCCUGAUCGGAGCUGGAAAGGGAUACGACCUCCUCCUCCACCGGAGAACUUCAAGCUCAGCUUUUUGGAUGAUGGUGAUGAUGAUGAUCAAGAUGAUGAUGGGAUGAGUAGAUCCAUGUCGAUGAGUGAUGUAACUGAGGAUGUUCAAAACGCUGCUUGUUGUCUAAUGAUGCUGCAUUGCGCCGCGAUGAGGAUUUUAGACAUGGAAACCCCAAACUCGGAGGUAAGAAGUUCAAGUCGUUACAAUGGAGAAGAACAUGGAAAGAGAGAUGGUGAAAUCGAUGAUAAAGGUUUGGUUGUAGAUAUGAAGAUAAAGAUGGAGAAUAAUCCAAAAGAUGAUGAAGCUAAAGGAUCCUUAGGGUUUGAUUUGAAUCAGCCUUACCAUGAAGAUAAUCCUUAUUCGUAUUGGAACUAG